AUGAGCUCUCACGAUAUUGUCAUGGCAGAUGCUUCUUCUUCUUCUUCUACAGGUCUUUCUAAUUCUGACAUUGAUAUGGCUGAAGAUGAUCCAAAACAACAACAACAACAACAAACUACUACUACUACUACUACUACUACUACUUCUAAUACUACAUCUACUACAACCCCUGUGUCGGCUUACUUAUCAAACCCAGCACGAUAUUACCUCAGUGAUGCACUGGUGGAUUCUCGUGCAAUUGCAGACGUUGACGCGUGGAUUGCUCAACUGCACCGAUGCGAACCAUUACCAGAAGCAACCAUCCGAACCAUGUGUGAUCUUGCGCGUGAAGUGGUGGCCGAAGAAUCAAAUGUACGACCUGUAGCAUGUCCCGUGACAGUGUGCGGCGACAUCCAUGGGCAAUUCCAUGACUUAGAAGAACUAUUUCGCAUUGGUGGCGCAUGUCCAGAUACAAAUUACUUAUUUAUGGGAGAUUAUGUGGACCGUGGAUACUACUCUGUAGAAACAGUAUCACUACUAGUAGCCCUCAAAAUUAGAUACCCGGCCCGUAUCACCAUUCUAAGAGGGAACCAUGAAUCCCGACAAAUUACACAGGUAUAUGGAUUCUACGAUGAGUGUUUGCGCAAAUAUGGAACUGCAAAUGUAUGGAAAAUGUUUACAGACUUGUUUGAUUACUUACCACUCACAGCCCUCAUUGAGGGACAAGUCUUUUGUUUACAUGGUGGAUUAUCUCCUGCCAUUGAUAAACUAGACGAUAUCCGGGCAUUGGACCGGGUACAAGAAGUCCCCCAUGAAGGUCCCAUGUGUGAUUUACUAUGGUCUGACCCAGAUGACCGAUGUGGGUGGGGGAUAUCUCCGCGUGGAGCAGGAUAUACAUUUGGUCAAGAUAUUAGUGCUAACUUUAAUCAUGUGAAUGGACUUUCAUUAGUGGCCAGAGCACACCAGUUGGUGAUGGAGGGGUUCCAGUGGUCUCAAGAAAACCAAGUGAUUACAAUCUUUAGUGCUCCUAAUUAUUGUUAUCGAUGUGGUAACCAGGCAGCUAUCAUGGAGAUUGAUGAUCGAAUGGAGCUACGUCAUUUGAUUCAAUUUGACCCGAGCCCGCGUGCAGGCGAACCAUCCGUCACUAGGAGAACCCCAGAUUAUUUUCUUUAA